GACUUGGACAAGGGCGAUGGCCACGCCGCGGCCACCAGCAAGUCGGAGACCAAGUCCACGACCCAGGCCGACUCCACGACCAAGGCCGAGACCACGACCCGGGCCGAGUCCACGACCCAGGGCAAGUCCACGACGCCGACGCCCGCCAAGAAGGCGCCGGCCAGCGAGGACGAGGAGGAGCCCGGCGGCGGCGGCGACGACGAGGACGAGGACAUGGAAGGCCCGUGGCCCACCCCGUCCCGUCGAGCUGCUCCAGAGAAUCGAAGUGCUGCACGGACGACGCCCACGCGUGCUUCGAGAAGAACGAGUUCUACGCCACGUGCCGGGAGUCCUGCACGGUCGGAAUGGUCGAGGACAGCGACGAGGCGGAGUUCCGGACCCCUUGGUCGUGCUACACCUGGGGCCGCCCGCUCCCCACGACGACGCCAAAGCCGCCGCAGGCGCACGUCUCUCAGGAGCCCGCCCCGUGCAAGAAGCCGUCGAAAACGCCGGUGGCCUCGCUGCGGAAAACGGAGCAGUGCCAGCGGUCGGAGGUCGGCGCCAAGAAGGGCGAGGCCAAGUUGCUGUGCUUCGCCGUCAGCAGGGCCAGCGGCGACGAGCUGGCCCUCGUCCAGAGCCAGAUCUGGGAGUGCGCCGGCCUGUU